UCCCUUUUCUCUGCUUCUAUCCUGUUAUCCCUCUCUCUCUCCAUCUCUCUCUCACCUCCAGCCAAUCUGUGUUGACUCUCCGCAAGAGGAAGAUCACGUCUCCAGCCUUCAGACUGAGCUCCAGGCGUCCACUGCCGCUAAAGUCAAACACCGCCUAACACACAUACACACACACACAGCGAGGACACGCAAGCGGGAAACACACAGCAACGGAGAGAAAGAGAGUGAAACACAUCCUGAGUGAGAUCAAGCUGCAGCUGUCAAGAUGGCAAUGAAAAACCUUUUGAAAGAAGACGACAUCAAGAGAGCCAUUGAUCAGUUCAAUGCUGUGGACAGCUUCGACCACAAGAAGUUCUUUGACGUGGUGGGACUGAAGGCUCUGUCUGCUGAAAAUGUGAAGUUGGUCUUCAAAGCUCUGGAUGUGGAUGCCAGCGGCUUCAUCGAGGAGGAGGAGCUAAAGUUUGUGCUGAAGGGCUUUUCUGCAGAUGGCAGAGAUCUCACCGAUAAGGAGACCAAAGCAUUCCUUGCUGCUGCCGACAAGGAUGGAGAUGGGAAAAUUGGCAUAGAUGAAUUUGAGGCUUUGGUGCACGAGUAAAUCAAUACUUGGCAACCAUUUACACCACUACUCUCCUGUGAAUACCUACAGCCAAUCAUAGUGUACGUCUCUACACAUCCUGCCACGAGCCAGGAGCAGAACCGCCUCUUUUACCACAUUUAUUUAUUUACCAUUUCUUUUCUUUUCUUUUUUUUUACAUACAAACUCUGUAUAUUUUAGUUAGCUAACCAUGUCUGUCAUAGAAACCUGGAGAUUCCUGUACUGCUUUAACCUCCCAUCUCUUCUUUUUUGUUUAUUUUGGCACGUUUCUCUGUUUAUGCCUCAAAAUGCUCUUUUCUUCUUCUUAUCGCGCGCCAUCUGUCAUCCCUUUCCCUUUUCGCUCCUCUCUUGUGAUAGAGCCACAGAACUCGAUGAAUACAUGAAGAGAAGGAUGAGACAAAAUGAGAGAAAAUAAUAUUUCAGAGAGAUAAAAUAAAGCCAUGCGUUGAGAAAAAA